AGCCUGAUGUUAGCGGCUCGACAAGGUAGCAGUCCGGGCUGAUGGCAUGCGAUCAGAAAGCUGCCAGUCGAGCUGUCGCGAGGAUCAUUCCAGCAUUUCUAGGCGGGCUUAUUGUCUACAGCUGUUAUUCUAUUACAAAGACGCUAUGUAUUGAUUACUUGAUUAACCCAGCUACCGUGACCGGGUUACGCCCCCGUGUCAGCAUUGCUAUCGGAUUAUUAGUUACCUUCUACGUCUUACUCUUCUUCCUGGUUGUUACAUAUCUUCGGCUGCUUAUCACGGUCCUCUUUUCCCCCGGCUACCUCCCGAGAGGACCCCAAUGGUCGAGCUCAAGCAAGAACAAAAAACGCAGAGGCCAGAAGAGACAUAAAUGUUCUGGUAGUCGUCAGGAAAAGACAGGAGACAUAUCCUAUGCUACCUUGAGCGAGCCUAAUACAAAUGGGGAAAAGAAUGCCCAUCCCUUCGAUGUUGCUGGCUUGGAAGCAUUCUACAUGAAGGACGUGUUUGUCUGCCAGCAAGAUGGCAAGCCGCCGUGGUGCUCUACUUGUUGUCAAUUCAAGACCGACCGCUCACAUCAUUGCAGUGAAGUUAAUCGAUGUGUGAGAAAGAUGGACCAUUUCUGCCCCUGGGUGGGCGGUGUUGUCAGUGAGACUUCAUUCAAAUUUUUUAUUCAAUUUUUAUUUUAUGCCAUGCUAUUCGCCAUUUUUAAUGGGGUUGUAAUGGCAAUUUUUGUUGCUGAACUUCGAAAAAAGUUUGGCACGUUAAAUAUCCACUGGAUUGUUGUUCUGGCAUCAUCUGGUUUCUUUGGGCUCUUCCUGGCAGGAAUGCUUAUUAGCUCCCUCCAGAUAGCCCUAUGCAAUUCAUCCACGAUUGAAAGCCUUGAUUGGAAUACGAAAGUUUGGACACUGGCAAUUUUAAUUCCUAGACCACUUGACCUUGACAACCUUCCUGAAGGCAGUCGUCCUUCAUUUCCUAUCGUCUCUUACCCUGCAUCAACCUCUCAACCUUCGGACGAAAAUAGCUUGCCUCGUCGUCAAUUCGCCGUCUUACAUACACGGCCUGGCGAAAACCCAUUUGACCUUGGAGACCCGUUCGUUAAUCUAAAGGAAGUCAUGGGCCAUAAUAUGCUUGACUGGAUUUUACCCAUUAAACACAGCCCAUGUGCUUCCCACGACCGUCAGGACAGCAUGUACCCUCUUGGCCCGGUUGUUCAAAGGAUGAAGAGAGAAGCAGGCUUAUUGGAAACCUCCGCUCGUAAGUCCAGCCAUCAAUCUUAUGGGACUAAGAGGAGGCGUAAGGAUGGAAGAUCCAGCGGCUCCGUCCCAUCCUCUCGCUCUACGCAUAGGACAUAA